GCCAAAAACCUCAUCUUGGCAUUGUGAAAGUGACACACCUUUCUUGACUCACACAAAGGCACCUUUGGAGUCCUAACCUGCCCUGAGUCCUUCCUAAUCAUUUAUCGCUUUCUGUGGCCUUGGUGCAAAGAUCUGAUGACCCAAAAUGGGAGGAGAGUCAAAAGGGCAGGAGUGGGAUGCGGCUGCAUAAGCUGGCAGAGCAGUCCUGGCCUCUCUGGUGCCAGGCUUCCACUCUGCACAGCCCUGACCAUGCUGGUGGCACUGCUUCUGCCCUUCCUGUGUCUCCUGAGCCCGGCUGCCGCUGGGAGGCUGCUGGUGAUCCCCAUGGAGGGCAGCCACUGGCUCAGCAUGAAAAAAGUGCUGAUGGAGCUGAGCAAGAGAGGGCACCAAGUCGUGGUCAUCGCACCGGACAACAAAAUCCUGAUCGAUUCCUCAGAUGUCUACGAACUGAAAACCUACCCUGUGCCAGUGACGAAGGAAGACAUGGAAGAACAGUUACGCUACUUCAGUGCAAGAGUUUUCAGCCAAGAUCCUUUCCUGGUGAGGUUCUGGAAGCGUUUGGAAGAUUACCGGAAGAGCGGGACCACGUUUCAAUCUUCGUGCAAGUCCUUGCUGUAUAACCAAGAGCUGUUGAAGUACAUUGGAGAGGGUCACUUUGAUGCCCUGCUCACGGAUCCAGUGUCGCCGUGUGGGCAGAUCAUUGCCCUGCACUUCUCCAUCCCCAGUGUUUUCUUCCUGCGGAUGGUUCCGUGUGCCCUGGAGGUUCGCGCGGCUCAGGGCCCGGACCCGCCGUCCUACGUCCCACGCAUGUUCUCGGAAAACACCGACCACAUGACCUUCUCCCAGAGGGUCAAGAACUUCCUGAUUGCCCUUUCCGAGUCCUUCAUCUGCAAUAUUGCCUAUUCUCCGUUUGAGGAGCUGGCCUCAGAGUUCCUCCAGAAACCCACAACAAUGACGGAGAUUUUAAGUCAUGGAUCCGUCUGGCUGAGGAGAAUUGACUUUGUCUUUGAGUAUCCCAUGCCUGUCAUGCCCAACAUGGUUUUCAUCGGAGGCAUCCACUGUGAAAAGAACAAGAAGCCCUUAUCUCAGGUCAGUGGGUUGCUGGGAGAGGUUGUGGCAAUCACACACACCUGCAUGGUCCAAGUGAGGUAUUUGAGAGGGAUGUAUCUUAGCUUUUUCUUGGAGGGAGACUGAGGUGUUGGCACAAGGGCAGUGGCUUUAAGCUGCCAGAGGAAAGGAUUAGAGGAGAGAGUGGGAAGAAAUUCUUCCCUGUGAGAGUGGGUAAGCCCCAGGUUGUCCUGAGAAGCUGUGGCUGCCUCGUACCUGGAAGUGUC